GUUGACAUCGAGGGUUAAUCGUCAUGGUGUUGCUUUGCUUGGGUUCUUCGGUCUCAUCACGAUUCGCCAUUGCCUGGCAUUUCUCAGGUGGAAUAGCUAUAGUCCAAGUUGGGUUUGGACGUGAGACGACGUUGCAGAAUGUUGCUGAUUUGGUUGUGUUUUGCUUCAAUUUGAUUGGCUGUUGUCUGUCGUUGGUCAUGACUGUUGCGUUGCCGGUGUUUUGCAGUCGAAUGUCGAUGCAGUUGAGGGUGGAUAUGCUCUGCUUGAAUAAGGAUGAUGAUGAUGAUGUUGAAGGUGGUGAUGAGGAGAGUCGGGGUUUGAGUAAUAAGUCAAUGUUUCGUAAUUUGUGGACAAAGUGCAAGCAGCUUGCUUCGUAGUUGUGGCCGAAGAAGCAUUAGUAUUGUGUGUUUGUCUGUUUGCUUGUCUGUGUGUCUGUCAGUCUGUCUCUCUGAAUAUUACU